AAACCUGUUGAUCAGAUUGCCAGAGAGGCCUAUUUAUAGCCUCAGCUGCUCCUGAAUAAACAGCUUUGGCAAAGGGGGGCUCCUCAGAGCAGAGAUGGCAGGGUAGUGUGAGCUGGUAUUGCCUGGGCACCCGCUCUCAUAAAUUGGGCCCACAACAGCAUGGCAAAGGAGACUUUCCCCUUCACUUCUUCCACUUUGCGCUCACUUCGCCUGCAGCAAGAAUGGCUAGAAUGGGAAGAUCGACGCCGGGCAGCUGCCCGGCAGUGCUACAACCAGAGAUGCCCCCCAAGCACCCGAACCCAACUUACCCGGACCCCCUGCUAUUGCCGGGAUCCAGCUGUCCAUAAUGCCCUGUUUGUGGGUGAUCUGCAACGGAUCCAGGCCCUGUUCCAGGAUGAAGCAACAGCUAACAUGAUUGUGGAGACUGUCACUGACCAGCUGGCAUGGUCGGCUGAACUGGGCCUCUGGGUACUGACCCCAAGGACCAAACAGAUGACCCCAUUACAAAUUCUGGCAGCCCGAGGCUAUACGAACUGUGUCCGCCAUCUGAUUCUCCAGGGUGCUGAUCCAGAUGCCUGAAUCGGGGGGCAAACGGCCUUGCAUGAGGCCUGUGCCCAGGCCCAUCCAGACUGUGUGAGGUUGCUGCUUGACUUUGGAGCCAAUGCUAAUGUGCUAUCAGAGGAAGGAAUGGCCCCCCUCCACCUCUGUACUACCUCUGAGUCUUUACAAUGUGCCAGAUUACUGCUGGAAAUGGGAGCAUCUGUGAACCUGGCCUCAAGGGAAAGCAAGAUCACGCCUUUGCAUGUGGCUGCUGGUCGGGGCCUGGAAAAACACGUAACCUUGUACCUGCAGUAUGGGGCUGAUGUGGCCCUGCGUACAGGCCAAGGUGAGACUGCCCUCAACUCAGCCUGUGCUGGGGCUGAAGGGCCAGACCAGCAGCAUGAGGGGGUUGUCUGGAGGCUGCUGGAGGCAGGGGCAGAUCCCCAGGCAGCAGGCCGAAAGCGCCACACACCACUCCACAAUGCCUGUGUCAACGGUUGUGAGCGACUGGCUGAACUGCUGCUGCGCCACGGGGCAAAGGCUGAUGCUCCCAACGGGGCCGGACACACACCCAUGGACUGUGCCCUACAGGCAGCUGAGGAUAUCCCCAACGGGAAGCCUGAGGUCCUCAUCACUGCCCUGCUGGAUUAUGGGGCUCAACCCAUCCACCCAGAGAUGCUGAAGCUGUGUGCUUCAUCUCCACAAGCCCUGGAAGUACUGCUCAAUGCCUACCCUUGUGUCCCACCCAGUGAAACCUGGGCUGAAGCUGUGCCCCCAGAGCUGUGGCAGGAGCAUGAAGCCUUCUACAACUCGGCCUUAAGCAUGGCAAACCAGCCUCGGCGGCUGCAGCACCUGGCAAGACAUGCCCUCCGGAGCUACCUCAGGAGUCGAUGUCGCCUUGCUGUAUCCCAACUUCCUUUGCCCCCUGCCCUGAAGGACUACAUGCUCCUUGGGAUUGAGGGGAGCAUUCAGUGAGCUUGAGUUGGGGAAGGUGCCGGAUGCCUGGGUCUAUCUGUGGCUGUACUACCCUUCUCACCUAGGAAGAAGCUCCUGGAAAAGUUGUUCUCAGCCUUUUAAGCCCAUGGGACCACUCAAAUAGAGUGAAGGACACCAUGGACAAUCUCCUCCUCCACCCCUCCCCGUUGAAAAAAAAAAGCCACAAUUAAUGGGAAGGAUGCCCAAGAGGAGUUUUUAUUAAACGAGCAAACAACACAAUGACAAACCCAAGUAUGUGCGUUAUCAUAACAAACAUGACAAGAAUCCCCUCCACAGAUUGCCCAUUUACCCCUCCUCCCUUCCAGGCCAGACCUCUGAAUUGCCAGCUAGCUUUCUCAUGCUUCCUGCCACCCCAAGGCA